AUGCCAGGACCCAGGUACGUCAAUCAGACUACAAUUGGCAAAGACCUGUUCGUCCGGCGCGUAGGAAAUAUCUUCUACGCGCACGAGCUUGGAGAGCAAGUUUUUCAAGAGAUCAUCUUGCACCAUGCGAAGGUUAAGACAAUUUGGCCUCGCUUCAUGUUGGAGGCAGUCCGCAGUGGCUCUGCACUGGCCAACCUGUUGCCGUCCAAUACAUCCCGACGGUGGCCUUUGGUGGAGGAUGUAUGUGUUUCAUUCACAGCAAUGUUACAGGAGUGCAAGGAGCAUCACGAGUUCACCGCAACUUCGAUUGAUGGCACGUUCAGAGUUUGCUUGACCAUUCUGGAGCAAGUUCCGUUCAAUGCGCCCAAGAAAGCUCAGGCGCGGCCUUUUCUGAUGAAGAUAGUGUUAGGGGAAGGCUCAGACCACAUUGCUGCAGGUCUACAACAGCGAAUCGACAAGGAGUGUCUCAACCAAGUUCGUUUUGUGGCCACAGAUGCUCCUAGCCGGCGGCUCUUUUGCAUUCUGAAGGAGAUUCUGCCGAAUUUGGAAGCGUUGCUGUUGGACCCUAUCCACUUGGCCAGGCGCUACGAGUCAUCAUCUGCCCGAAAGAGAACUGCAGGCUCGGCCACUUUGCGCCGUUGCCUGGCAAAGUUCUCGAAUGGAAGUGCGCUGCUCCAGAAGGAGAGUUUUUACACUGGAGAAUGCAGCCCGGCAGUCAGUGCCUAUGAGCAAACUCUGCAGCAGCAAAUCUUGGGUAGCUCGAUGCCACAAACCAAAGCUAAAAAGCUUUUAAGUUCUGUGGAUGAAAUGGAUGUAUGGGUGAGCCAUGUCGGUUUUGUGGAAAGGUUAGUUGCUAUGAGCGCCAUUUACCGAACAGAAGUGAUGAAAAACGAAGAGGGAAAGGCAGUGUAUCAUCUCUUAUGGCAAGCUGCGCAGCCAGAUCGUUUGGGGUGGCUCUUCAACAAUGCGCGCGCAAGGGCACGAAUGUCUGCGCAUUGGGAAUGGCCUUUGGAGUGGCAGGGCGUGGCUGGAUAUGGUGCAGGACACUUGCGUGGCAAAAGCGCGCAAAAGCUGAUUUACCAGUUGAAAAGGAGCGCAAGGAACAAUCUCUUUCACACGAAGACCAUGAGCCCAUUGGCGAUCACCUACAAUGACAAGAGCGUUCUUGAGAAUAUGCACGUGGCAUCCGCCUUCGAAGUCAUGCAGCAGGAUGCGCAGUACAAUUGGCUCGCCCACUUGCAGCAGAACUUCCUUCCAGAGAGUGCAUCCAAGGCUGUGAACUUGCAGCAGUACAUCCGAAGGGGAAUCAUUGACAUUGUCUUGGGCACAGACAUGGCCAAGCACAUCCAGCACCAGAAAUUUCUGGCUAGCCGCGUUGCCGCAGUGCAAAACCAAAACAAUGCCGAGGCUAAUGGUGAGACCAGCAAGAUGGAAUUUCUUGAGGCCAUCAUGCAUGCUGCCGACAUCUCUAACCCAUGCAAGCCCAGAAAGAUGAUGCUGCACUGGACUCAAAGAGUAAUUGAGGAGUUUUGGGCACAGGGUGACGAAGAAAUGCGACUCAACAUCGAGGUCAGUCCGAUGUGUGAUCGAAUCACGGGAGAAGACUCCAUUCCGAAGCAGCAAUUAGGCUUCAUUGACUUCGUGAUCACUCCCUACUACACGCCUUUGGCUGAAUUAAUCCCGGAGGUGAAAGAAGCGACCAAAAAUAUGUUGGACAACCGCUCCUUCUGGUUGGAGAAGGAAUCUCAGCAGGCUCAUUGCUCGCAUCUCUUCAAAGAGAAUGCCGAAGGAUGA